CGAAGAAGCUGUUCUUAGCGGAAAUUUCGUCGUCUUGAACUUGAGGUGGGAUCCAUUUGAACAGUAUUUACCUUCUCUAUCAAGCUAAACGAAAUUACUUUUUUUCUUGUGUACAUAAAUUGAACCACUUGGAAGGGUUUGGAGCUAGCACUCUCAAGCAAAGCCAAGCCGAGCCAAGAGCAGACUCUUGUUUCCUGUCAUGGCAGGAUCAAUGGAGGAGCGGCAGGUGGGAUACGGAUUCAAACCGACGGAGGAGCAACUCGUUGGUCAUUUCUUGAAAAAGAAGCUCAAAGGAGAAUUGGAAGCUAGCGCUAUUCCCGAGGUAUAUAUCUACGACUGGGAGCCUGCGGAUUUAUUUCUGCUAUACGAUGGAUUUUCUAGUGAAUCGUCGGAUGGACGCGAGUGUUUCUUCUUUUGUCCCCGUGGUCGUAAGAGGAAGACCCAGUUGGGAUUUUGGAAAGAGACAAGUAAAAAGCGUGUUAUCCGAGCACCAGACACCAGUAAGCCGAUGGGGACCAAGAGGAUUUUUGUUUACUAUGAAGGUCGACAACCAAGGGGCCCCAGGACUGAUGUGGCCAUGCAUGAAUAUCACCUAAAUACAGAUGAUUCAGAUAGUGAAAUUUUGGACCCGACAGCGAUGGUUCUCUGUCACAUAAUUAACAGGAAAAGUAAGGAAGCAAAGUCGGCAACUGCCAGUGCUUCAACCGAUUUAAGCAGCCAUCUGAAUAGUGCGCAGGCAAUUCCAGGAGUUACUAUUGAAUCUGACCAUCCAACUGAGACGUUGAAUGCUGGUUUACCAGACUGGAACGUGCCUAUUCCUGAUCAGCAGCCUCAAAUGGGCAAAGAACAACCUUCGUGUUGUGGUGAUAAUUGGCACGUUGAUGGACAUAGCGAUAGCUGUUGUCAUAUACCAAAUUCUCCGAGCGACAGCAUCAGUAUCAUGGAUUUUUUGAAUUCUGACGAGAACACCAGGCAGACUCAAACAUGCAAAGAGAAACAUUUACUGUAUGAUGAUAAUGAGCGUGUUGACGGACCUAGCGAUCCAAGCGACGGUAUCGGUCUGGAGGAUCUCUCCGACUAGAGCAAGGAUUAGUAUGCCAAACUACAGUGUGCGUAGAUUAUGCUCUGCAGAUUAGUUUUGAACUGUGAUAAUGGAUUGCCAGUGUUUGGAGAUCCUUUAUGGACGUUAAUCUCAGCCUAGCUUGUUAUAUCAGUGAUAAUGCUGUGCACCAACUAUGCUUCUCCAAGGAUGGGACAUUAUAUCAAUCUUGUAUGCUUGUAUAUUGCAGUAUUAAUUUUUCCUCACAAUUCGUA